AUGGACUUGCCAACUUUUCCGGAUCUGAUUAACAAUGAAAUACCCUGCGGAGAAUUUCUCGCGGCGUCGAGACGCCUUUUAAAAAGUCUUGAUUUCUUUGGGAAAAUUUUCAUGACAAUCAAAUACGACAUGAGCAAAAAUAUCGACAGAAUAUCAAGAAAAUACAAUGCCAAUCGGAAAAGUUACACGACUUUACAAAAGUUAGUACACACGGAAGUCGAGAAAAAAGGAAAUUUCGUCGCUGCCGAAGCUCUCUUAUGGCUACGAAGAUGUCUGCAGAUGGUCCAAUUAUUCUUCGAAUUUAUCGUCGAGGACUACGAUCACGACGACGCUUCGGAGGAUCUCGUCACUCACCUAAUUAAGGCCUACGGACUGACGCUCGAGCCUUACGACGGAUACAUGUCGCAGCAGCUUUUUGAUUCAUAACCAUUGCAGCUGUUGCAUCGCUUGAUGCCGAAUCGCGAGCAGGUAAUGAGGGCGAUAACCGACGACCAUGACGUCAAGAGCGAAAUCGUCAUCAGGCGAAUGGACCGAUUUUCCAGAAGGUUGAGAGAGAACGUCUACGCGCUCAAGAAGUUUUACGAGGAUAAUCAAUUGGAGACUAUUUUUAGACUUUAG